GCCCGGAGCAAGCGCCAGGUCCAGGCCGCCGCCCUGCCCCCGCUGAUGCCCGUGCUGAACGCCCAGCUGCCCAGCAGCCAGAGGGCAGAGGUGAAUUUUUUGAAGCAGGGCUGCGGGGAGGACAAGAUCUGCCAGAGCAACCUCCAGCUGCGCUACCAGUUCUGCUCCCGCGUGGGCGACGCCGACUUCCUGCCCCUGCCCAGGGGUGCCGAUGGCACGGCUGUCUUCGCCAUGAGCGACCAGAAGGACGUGGCCUUGGAGAUCCAGGUCACCAACCUGCCCUCGGACCCAGCGGCGCCGCAGCGGGACGGGGACGAUGCCCACGAGGCCCUGCUCACGGCCACCUUCCCCGAGGCCCUGCCCUACUCUGGGGUCCGGGCCCAUGACGCGUGGGCCGGGCCCGGCCUGGAGAAGCAGCUGUGCCUGCCCAACCUGAACGCCUCGCAAGUGCAGUGCGAGCUGGGCAACCCCAUGAAGCGCGGAGCUCAGGUGGGGAUCAGCCCCCCAAAUUCCUGACCCC